GCACUGAGAUUCUAUCACUUUCCUUCACUUUCUCUCCAUCUCUCUCUCAUUAUAAGGACACUCCCUCGUUCUUUCUCUCUGUCUCUAUCACUCGCUCUGCAGAUUGGUAUAUACCCAGAGAAGAAGAAGAAGCUGCAGAGAGAUCAUCGAUCGCCAUGGGAGGGAAGCUUAGCAAGAAUGGAGGAGAAGGAGGAAGGUACUAUUACAGCUGCGAGAAGGAAAUGAUGAAUCUGAAACACAGGGUGAAGGUUCUGCAAGAGGAGAUAAAGAGCGUGAUGGCGGAGAGGGAGAGAGAGUACAUGAACUGUGAGAGAGAGAUAAUGAUGUUUGCUAUGAAGGAGACUGAGUGGAGGAGAGAGAAGGAGAAGCUGAGGCAGGAGGUGGCGCAGCUGAGGAAGACGGUGGAGGAGAGAGAGGAGAAGAUAAGAGAGAUGAUGAAGAGGGACAAAAUGGGAAUAAUGGAAAAAGGUGAGGAUAAUAGUAGGAAAGAAUGGGAAUUAAUGGGGACGAAGCUUCUGGUUGAGAAGAUGAAGGAGGAAAGAGCAAGAAGAGAUGAAGCUGUAGAGAAGUGGAAACAACUUUAUCUGGAAAUUAAGACUGAGUUGGAUGACCUCAUUCAGAGAACUUAUAAUGGUGAUGGAUUAUGCUGGAAAGCAGAAGAAAAUGAGGUGCAUAUUGAGAAAAUGAAGACAGAAUUAGAAGAUAAGGAAGGAACAAUCAAGUCUCUAAAAUCUCAAUUGGACUCAUUGGAGCAAGAAAAGAUUAAAAAGGAGAGAGAGUUUGAUUUGUUGAGACAAAGCUUGAGAAUCAUGAAUGGCAAUAAGAGUUUACUUCAGACGAAAGAGAAGCUCUUGAAAUCCAAAAUUGUCAGAUAAUUAAGAUUAACUUGUUGCUUUAACUUGUAAAAUAAAAUUCUCUAUAAUAUUUUGUCAGUUAAGCAAAAAAGUUGGUCCCGCCUAUGUGAGAUUUACAUAUGUAAAGGUCAGACUUUACUUUUCCCUUCCUUUCCCCCCCUCCAUUUUGCCUUUACUUGUUACUUUCAGAGAUCUUAAUUCGAAUAUGUAUAUGUAUUUUUGCA